CAGGGCCAGCUGCAGGCCCGCCUCUCCGAAGCCCAGCCCAGCGAGUUCCGGGCAGACGCCCACCCGGUACCUCAGGUCGGACCGCCCAGGGGCGCGCUCCCGGAAGCUGCCCGCCUGCGGGUGGCGUGAAAAGCUAUGGCUACCUCGGUGAUGCAGUGUGCGGCGCGGGCUCUGCGGCCUCGGAGCUGGAUCCCUGGAACCUGCCAGGCACAGGUCAGACAAACCCACCAGAGAGCUUCCUUACUGUCCUUCUGGGAGCUCAUCCCCAUGAGAGCAGAACCUCUACGGAAGAAGAAGAAGGUAGACCCCAGAAAGGAUCAAGCAGCAAAGGAUCGCUUGAAGAAGAGGAUCCGAAAACUGGAAAAAGCCACUCAAGAACUGAUUCCUAUUGAAGAUUUUAUUACCCCUGUGAGGUUCUUGGAUAAAUCAAGACAGCGACCUCAGGAGGAGCUUUCGUCUGAGGAGAGUGAACGGAGAGCUCUUCUGCUGAAGAGGUGGGCACUGUAUAAGCAGCAGGAGCAUGAGCUGGAGAGGGACACCAUCAGAGCCAUGGUGGAAGCCCAGCAGGAAGCCCUGGAAGAGCUGAAACUUGAAUCUACAGAGCUCUAUGAUGAGGCCAUAAAGCGGGACACCAGCCUAUUCCCCUUUGAGAAAGAAGGGCCACAUUACACACCACCUAUCCCUAACUACCAGGCCCCUGAAGGCAGGUACAAUGAUAUCACCAAGGUGUACACACAAGUAGAAUUCAAAAGAUAGAACUGAAAACUGCUGUCCUCAGAACAUGCUGGCCCUAGUAGUCUGGACUAGCAAUCUACAAGUCUACUUUCACAGAUGCAUCAUCCUAGGAACAAAUAAAGGGUAAUCAAAAGUA